AUGGUCUCUCCCUACGCUGAACUAUUAUUAUUCGGCCCCUCUCCCGCCCGGCGGCCCAGCCGCGGACACCCUCCGUCCCCGCCCAUCCCGGCGCCCUCGGGCCGCAGCGCCCUCGCGGUUCAGCACACGCUGCUGGGCCUGGGACCACUGAGCCAGGACUCGCAAGACGAGCUCCCCACCCGGUGGAGACCCCACUCACGUGCCUCGGCCACGCAGCGCGCACGAAGCUCCGUCGCGACUGAACGCGGGCAACGGCACUCGGGCACGGCCGCGCAGAGGACGCUGGGAAGAAGGUCCGGGCGGGAGAGCGCGCCUGGCUGGGGUGGGCUGAACGCGGAGAAGGGCGCUGCGGCACGACCGCGCAGAGGACGCUGGGGAAAAGGUCCGGGCCGCUCUGCCCUGGGCCAUAGCUGCGUGAACGCGCGGAAGGGCCCUCGGAAAAGGUCCGACCGAAAACGUGCCAGGCCAGUGCCAGGCACAGGAAGAGGGGCCGCAAGUCAUGUCGGAGGGGGAGCAGAGCCGUCUGUCGAGAGCCGCAAAAGCAAGCUAACACGCUCCCAGCCCGGCAGCCCGAGCCCGACGAGGGGCGGCAGGACCGCUCGGCGCCGCUCAGUGCCCCUAGGCUGCUGCGGGAGAGGACCCUUCCCCUGCAUCCUGCUAAGGCCGGUCGUCAGAGCGCGGCCUGGAUCGCAGGUCGAGGAGCCCGCCGGCCCAGGCCGCGCCCGCUCCCGCCCGGCACACGCCCAUCACCGCCCCGCACACAUCCCCGUUCCGCUUGGCUUCCGCGGGCCCUGCGCCGCCGGGAUCCCCCUGGCGGCCGGCGAGCUCACCCUCGUGGCACCGCCCUCAGCGCUCCCAGCCCGGCAGCCCGAGCCCGACGAGGGGCGGCAGGACCGCUCGGCGCCGCUCAGCCGGUCGUCAGAGCGCGGCCUGGAUCGCAGGUCGAGGAGCCCGCCGGCCCAGGCCGCGCCCGCUCCCGCCCGGCACACGCCCAUCACCGCCCCGCACACAUCCCCGUCUCAGUCCCGGCUCCACACACCCACUCCCCCGCACUCCCCCCCACCCCCGCCCCCGGGUCUGCAGGACUCCCAGGCGCUCGCGUCGAGGGAGACGCUGCGUGGCGACCUGCGCUCGGGACGUCUUACAGCACCGAGCAAAGCAAGAUUAAAAAGUUGUCCUCGCGACUCCGAGCUGAUUGCGGAAAACUCCGACAAAAUCAGUCUCUGCGUUUUCCAGCUGUUGCCCCGGCGCCCUUCUAGCCGCGCGGACCCCGAUGUGAGCAGCAAAGCCCCGGGCGAGUCACUUCCUACUGGGCCAACUGCUCACUCCUCCCGGGAACAACCCCCGCCCCCCCCACCCCAGUGCAUUUGGUAA